AUGCGGUCCUCCGCGGCCGCUGCCGCUGGGGGUGGUGGCGCCGCCGUGGCGGCGCUCAAUGGUCGGGGCGGGCGCCGCCUCUCCUCGACGGGCGGUAGGUUCGAUUCUCGGGUCUGGAGCGGUGGGAAGCUCUCCCCGUCGUCGUGGCUCUGCUUCGCGGCGGAGGGGCCCUCGUGCAUCUUCGUCGGUCCCCUCGACAACGCCAGCAAGGAAACGCUAGAAGCGCUCUAUCACCAGGCGAGUCAAUCGGACCUCUGCUCCAAUUUAUCCUUUCAGUCUGAUAGUGAACCCUGUGUGUUGUGGCGGAACUGCUGCGUCCUAGUGAUCAGCCAUGUUCGGAUUGUGUUUUUGGGAGUACCCUCCUGUUUCGAAUGGCUUGAGCAUUAAUUGUGGAUUCAGCGGAUUGAGAAUGUCAUUUUUACUCAUUGCCAUUGAUUUGAACCUGCGUUUACGACACCGUGUCAGGUGUUCCCUAACCUUGAUAAAUUUGAUUCGAUUUUUUUGCUUGUAAUCAUAAAUUCAUAUCCGCAAGAUUAGACUGCGUAGUUCAUACAUCAUGUUAUUCUGGGCAAAGUCCGUAGAGAACUGGAACUAGGGUAUCAAGCCAUGUGGAUAUAAUGUUUUAAUCAAAUCUUGUUUUAUUUUUUUACAGAUAACCCAAAAUUCAUAUUGAUCAAUGGGGUCGCGAGGUUUAAAACGUUCUCUAAAGUGACUUACACUAAUGUUGUGCCUGUUUUGCACAAUAGCUGUUUUUCGAGUUUGAGUUCAUGGUUUGUGCAUUUCUCUGUGGAGUUAAUUAUGUUAAAUGUUGCUUUCCCGUGAUGGUGUAUAAGCGAUCCUAUUUUUUUCUCGUGUUACAGGCCCGUGAUUCCUACUACAGUGGAAAACCGUUGAUUGUUGAUGACAUGUUUGAUAAAGUAGAAGUAAGACCGUGUGAUUCUGUUUUGUAUGUGGAAAAAAAAAAUCUUUUAUGGACAAAUUUUGUCUCGUAAAUUAUUCACAUGUGAGUCCUCUAACAGUUGAAGCUCCGGUUGUGUGGUUCCAAGUCCGUUGUGAAGUAUCCUCGUUGCAGCUUGAGAAAACAGUCUGCAUAUGCAGAUGCUGAGGUAACUUUCUUUCGAAAUGAACUCUUUCAUGUGAAAUAUGUGAGAAUCUUCAUCAGUUUUGUGGCCUUUCACUUGAUUCAAGCUAAGAUAUGAUUUUGUUUGUAGGGCAGGAAGAUCCUUCGCAGGUUUUGGCAUUAGCCAGCAUAUGGAUUCUGCUGCUUACUUUCGGCAGUAUUGUCUUUCUUCUUCCUACAUUCUACAUGAUCAGUAUGACUUACAAAGAUGCAUUCAAAUCAAGCUUAUUGUUGGAUAAUGUAAGAUCCCCUCUCCAGUGGCUUAGUGUGACGAAUGCAUUUCUCUUAAUGGGACUCGGAUUUCUGAUUGGUCUCCCUGUUUCAUCUGCCUCAGGUUAGACAUCUAAUUUCAGGCCUAGUACAUAACUUAAAUUGUUCAGUUUCUCACAUUAAGAGCUUAUUUUAUAUAGCAUGACAGGUCCUAAAUUUUUGCUUUUUUAUUUUAGCAUUUAGGAACCCCGCUUUAUGUCAUACUGUUGUUACUGAGUAUCUGGCGAUGUUAUUUCUACUUGUUUUGUGUUGCAAUUUUACUUUUAAAAAAAUGACUUUACUACUGUAUAAGGAUAGGAUUUCUACGGCUUUGUGUAAUAUGUAGCUUUUCUUUGUUAAUUUAAGGCGGACUUAAAAAACUUACCCUUUUCUUUGUACUGCAUACGUUUCAUCAUUAGCCGAUUAUUUCAACACUUAUUCAGUCUGUCUGAUCAGAGCUUUUAGGGUGAAUUCUGCUAAUGCAUCAUUUUAAAGUAGUAGACUAUAAAAUUAAAAGUGUGAAUGCAAUACUACUCCAGGUUUCUUUGGUCAGUGAAUGAAGGGAUGCAUUCUUUUCAGGAAAAUUUUCAAUCAGCCUGAAGGAAUAAUUAUUAGCUUCCUGAUUCCAUGGUGUGAUUGACCGAUGUUGAGGAAAAAUCUGAUUUGAAAUUCGUAGGAUGUUUCCAACGUUACCUAGUUGUGCCUGAGCUGUCCGAUCAGACUCUGAUGUUUAAGUAUCCGCUGCAUGUUAAAUAGACUAUCGAUUCAAGAAUUAUGGAGCUGAGAAUUUGGAAAUAUAAUUUGGAAUAAUGAAGAUUGAAAAAUUGUGACUACUUAUACUCCCACUCAGACUUAAUUGUCAUUGUUCUAUGGCGAGCAAGGGAGAGGAUUUUUAUAAAUGAAAGACAUGAUGAGCAGCGGAUAGCCAGUAUGAUAGGCUUUGAACGAUGAGAAUGCCUGUUUAAGGGCGGUGAUUCUUUCUAUGUGUUUUUUAAACGUCAUCAAGGAAGUGGGGAUCUGCAGCCAAGAGCUUUUUGAACACCCAAAUGAAACUCAAAGUCCCCUGAUCGCAUCUUCACUUGAUUGCCGUUGGCUGUUUGAAUUUAUUUAUUUUCAUUCGUUUGUGUGCUUUUCAUCUAAGAAUCCAUGUACGUACUCUAUUUCUGCCUUACCGUUUCUGUAUGGUAAGAUAUAGACUCUGCUCACAACCUGAGCCUAUUCUGUUGCAGCAAAAGCACUAAAUAGGCUGUUGAGUAAUGACUUGGUGGCACUUAAAGGUUGCUGCCCAAACUGUGGAGAGGAGGUGAACUCUACGGUUUUACUCGUGUCUUGAUCAGUCGUUCUUUAAACUUGGUGAUUUUUCUGCCUUCUCUCGCAGUAAUCUAAGUCCUCUUCCUUUGCAGGUCUUUGCCUUUGUGAAGCCAGGGAAGUCCCAUCAGCAGCCCCACAGCACAGAAUGCCACGUGUGCGGAUGUUAUCUAGAAUUCCGUACAAAAGUAGAGGUAUGCUGUUUUCAUUAACUAUAGUUUUAAAAAGUAUUCAGCAACGUUGCAACAAGUAUUCUCACUAGAUCAUGAACAGCAUUCAGAUUCUGGCACCAUUCUCUCACCUCUCUCAAGGGUUUUGCCAUUUUUUUUUUGCUGUGGAGGGAGUAGAUAUAUUCGAUAUAAAUAAAUUGAAUAAUGAUUGGAAAAAAGAUUCUUCCAAGGGGUGUCUAUGGAUCAGGUUAUGUCCGUAGACAUAUUCUUGCCAUUUAUAAUGAUAAUGAUUAAUUCGCUGUUUGAUAGCUGCAAAGAAGUAGAUCAGAAAUCUCAGAUCGUUUUGCUGCCCUGUUUCAAAAACCUCAUCAUCCCUACCCUUAUUGUCUACACAACAGCAGCCCAUGAAAUUUCCAACCUGACAUGAAAACUCCUUCCCUUAAAGACAGGUGGAACAAAGAUGCUCUUUUUCAGCACACUUUCCCCAUCCUGCUGAUAUGACCCGUCUUUCUAACGUUCUCCCCCCUUUCAAAUCUAUAUGCAGAAAUCUGUCUCCAACCCUAGCAAGCGUUGGGUCUAUGGCCGCAUAUACCUGGUUCCCAGGGGCAACUCCGGGCGACGAAGGUGGGGGUAG